AUGUACCUUGGAUGUUGGUCAAAUGGAGGUGGUGACCCAACAUUAACAACAUUAGAAGGUACGGGUAAUCCUCACCUUGGUGAAAGUUAUACUACCAGAGAGGACAAGGCGAGGAAAUGCGCAAGGGCUGCAGAUUUUGUAGCAGCAUUGUAUUUUGCUCUUUUCGAUGGUGGACAAUGUUAUACAUCAUCGGAACCAACACUACCCAACUCAGAUGAUUGCGUCGAGGGAUUUGGUACAACGAAUGCCGUUGAUGUGUACUCAGUUUCAGGAUUUUCAUGCAGUUCAUCGUCACCUCAGAUAGACACAGAUGGUGUAACAGUAUAUUGUCAACUACCUGUCGAUGUUCCACCAUUUCCUGUUGUUGUUACAUGUGAUGAUGACUAUGAUUGUGAGGCUGUAGGUUCGAUUGCAGAUACAGAUGUGUCAAUUUGCUGUAAAAAAUGGGGAUCAUGGACUUCGUGGUCCUCUUGCAGUGUCACAUGUGGAGUUGGUAGUCAGACUAGGACAAGACCCUGUCUAAUGGAACCUUGUGAUGUUGAUUCCACUACAGAGAGUCGUGACUGUAUGACAAUUGAAUGUCCACUUGUCGUCGAAUGGGGAUCAUGGACUUCGUGGUCCUCUUGCAGUGUCACAUGUGGUGUUGGUAGUCAGACUAGGACAAGACCCUGUCUAAUGGAACCUUGUGAUGUUGAUUCCACUACAGAGAGUCGUGACUGUAUGACAAUUGAAUGUCCACUUGUCGUCGAUUACAUGUACCUUGGAUGUUGGUCGAAUGGAGGUGGUGACCCAACAUUAACAACAUUAGAAGGUACGGGUAAUCCUCACCUUGGUGAAAGUUAUACUACCAGAGAGGACAAGGCGAGGAAAUGCGCAAGGGCUGCAGAUUUUGUAGCAGCAUUGUUUUUUGCUCUUUUCGAUGGUGGACAAUGUUAUACAUCAUCAGAACCAACACUGUCCAACUCAGAUGAUUGCUUCGAGGGAUUUGGUACAACGAAUGCCGUUGAUGUGUAUUCAGUUUCAGGAUUUUCAUGCAGUUCAUCAUCACCUCAGAUAGACACAGAUGGUGUAACAGUGUAUUGUCAACUACCUGUCGAUGUUCCACCAUUUCCCGUUGUUGUUACAUGCGAUGAUGACUAUGAUUGUGAGGCUGUAGGUUCGAUUGCAGAUACAGAUGUGUCAAUUUGCUGUAAAAAAUGGGGUCCAUGGACUACAUGGUCUUCUUGUACUGCAACAUGUGGAGGUGGUAGUCAGACAAGGACAAGACAAUGUCUAAAUGAACCGUGUGGUGAUACUGUUGAGGAGGUUAGAGAUUGCAUGACAAUUGAAUGCCCACUUAUUUUCGACUAUGUCUAUCUCGGAUGCUGGUCUGAUGACAGCACCGAUCCACAAUUAAUAACACUAGAAGACACAGGUAAUCCUCAUCUACAAGAAAAUUUUAUCAGCAGGGAGGAAAAGGCUAGGAAAUGCGCAAGGGCUGCAGAUCAUGUUGAAGCAUCUUACUUCGCCCUACUUGAUGGCGGACAAUGUUUUGCAUCUUCAGAACCAACAACUACUAGCCUUUCAAAUGAAUGUGUGGACGGUUUCGGAACGAAUAUUGGUGCUGAUGUUUACUCCGUGUCAGGAUUUGCGUGCAGUUCAUCAUCAGCGCAAACAAACGGGGAAGGUCUUACUGUAUACUGUUACUUACCAAUAGAUGUUCCAACAUUUCCAUUUCCACUUGAAUCAUGUGAAGCGGAUUAUGCCUGUGAGAUCGUGGGUGCAAUUACGGAGGAAUGGGAUAUAUGGACCGAAUGGUCUGAAUGUCUUGUGACAUGUGGAGGUAGUACACAGACGCGCACUAGAUCGUGCAUGUUAGAUUCGUGUGAUGGUCCUUCCGAAGACACCCGAGACUGUAUGACAAUUGAAUGUCCACAGUUUGUUGAGUACUUCUAUGUUGGAUGUUGGUCAAGUGUUGAUAUUUUGUUUUCGCUAGAAGGUACCAGCCCCCACUUAGACGGUGCCUUUGGUAUCAGGACUGAUAGAGGACGGAAAUGUGCUCGGGCUGCAUCUGAUGCACAUAAAGCUUAUUUUGCUCUUAAAGACGGUGGAGAGUGCUACGCAUUUUCUGAUCUUCCUGGUAGCAGCGAUUCAGCAGAAUGUGUGCAAGGCUUUGGUACAAACAAUGCGAUAGAUGUAUAUUCGGUAACUGAAUUGCUAUGUAGCACGGGAAUACCUAACAGAGAUACAGAAGGAAACAACAUAUAUUGCGAACAGCCAGAUGGGGUUAUGUUUACUGUUGUUGACUCAUGUGUAGAUGGUUAUGCAUGUGAACACGUUGGAAAAGAGGCGGGUGUAUCAAUGUGCUGUUUGGUUGAUAUCGAAUGUCCGCCAAAUCAAGUAUACAAUUCGUGUGGGUCAGCUUGCCCUCCAACAUGCGAUAUACCCUUCCCUGUGGGCGAAUGUACAGAGCAAUGCAUUGAAGGAUGUUUCUGUGAAGAUGGUUUAAUCUUAGACAUAGGGAACGUGUGUAUUCCACAAUCAGAGUGUGGGUGUUAUGUGAUGAACACACUCUAUAGGUUCAACGAGAUAUUGCCAAAUGGAGAGACGUGCAGCUGCGAGUUCACAAACACUGUGUGUAGUGGAUGCCAUUUUUAUGAGCUGAAUACGACUCCAGAAACCUGGUACAAUGCCAAAAAUAUCUGUGAAGAUAAGGGUGGACGAUUGGCCGUGCUAAAUGAGGCUUCCGUUUUUAACCUUGUUCGCCAGUUCAUAUUCAAUAAUGGAUACGAUGAUGACGUUAAACACGGGUUUUGGUUUGGACUCAACGAUCUUGUGAAUGAGAGUGAAUUCGUCUGGUCUGACAACACAACCCUAUUAGAUGGCGACUAUACCAUGUGGGCUCGUAAACAGCCGAGUGGUGGCAUUCGUCCACUUGGGGAUCAGGAUUGUGUGCAAAUGUGGAAAAAAAGAGCCUUUAGGUGGGAUGAUACCAAUUGUGCAGCCAGGAAAGGAUACAUUUGCGAAUAUACCGAUGGGUGUUUUUAAAACACUGUACAACACUGAAGAGUAUACUAAUGUGGCGAGUAUAUUGAGAUGUGUACUGGUGGAAGUAUUUCCAGUGGCUCGUCAUAGAACUAUAUGAUCGAAAUGUUUGUCAAAAAUAUUCAAUAAAAUUAUCAGUUAGCAAAAA